AUGACCGUAGAACUGAGCUUUUCGUUGCUGCCACCGUCAAUUCUUGCCAGCAGCUGCCUCUGUGCAUCCAUCCAUCGACUUCUGCGCGAGCCCGACGUGACGAUGGGCGUGGCGAAAACCCUCCAGCGGAUUACGAACGCUGACUCGGAUCUGAUCUUGUUUCACACGAAGCAAGUUGAGAGGUAUAUAUCGGUGGUGUUGCCUGACCAGUCCCGCACCACUGAUUCGUCGUCGUCUUUGCCGAAGGAGGACGGAGAAAGCCAGCCGAAGGAUUCGAACAGGGAACAGAACUGCUUCGCGACGAAAAACGGCCGUAACACCCCCUCUUCGUUGAUUUCCUGCUGCGAUGGCACCGCUCCCGUUGACCUCAGCGACUUCUCUGGCCUCGUCACCUCGCACAUGAACAUCUCGACGUAG